GUGCUUUCACUUCUUCAAAGCUUUGACAUUGCAACACCUCUGUCCUGGAGCAAUUCCACGCACCAUGGUGCAACAAGGUGAUGGUCAACGCUAGCUGAGCCAUCAACGGAACAGUAACUGACAGUUGCAUGCAGGAUCUGGUAGUGCGCCAGACGCGAAGAUGACCAUCAUCAUAGCGCCAAAGCAGGCCGUUGACAAGGCUCUCGGUUCUCCGAGCAGCAACACAACAGCAGCCAGCCAUUUCCGCUUCACCGACUUGCCACCAGAACUGAGAAACUCCAUUUACCGUCUGGCCUUGGUGGCGGACAAUUCAAUCGAGAUCCGCCGAAGACGCCGAGCAAAGAAAGGGCAACCACCAUAUUGGCUAGAAGCGAAAACCCUUCGAAUGAAUGGCAAGCAAAUGCGAAAGCCAGCACUUCAUGAGUCCAACGGUACCGCCGUCCUAAGAUUGAGUUGGCAAUGCAACCUCGAGGCAACGGCCAUCUUGUAUGCGGAGAACCACUUCAUAUUCAAAAAAAAGACCGCCUUCGUUCAUUUCCGCAGCCAAGUGAGAGCAAACUCAACGUUCCUAGAGAGUUUUGAAAUCAGAGACUGCAAUCAGUACGCAGAAACCAGCCUUUUCGACGCUUUCGUGGGCUUCCCAAAGCUACGUUUCCUGAAGCUUUGUUUCCCCAGAGGUGUUUGCUACAAACCAUACGCAAAGGGAAGGCUGUUCGGCCUUAUCAGGCCGUUGCUUAUGAAGGCUCAAACACCGGGUUGCAGUUGCGGCGCAAAGAUUCCGUGGCCAUGCAUUUGCCGUACGACAGAGCAACAGAGAUACUGGGACGCCUUACACUUCAGCGUCACGGCGGCAAUCAGUCCCGCGGAUCUCAAACUGCUCACGAAGGAGACGUGGGCGGAACUCUUGCAGUGGGAAGAGAAGGUGAAAAGGCGAAUUGAGCGAAGGCUGGCGAGAGCGCGGGCUGAGCUUAGCCCAUCUGAUUCCGACGGUACGGCCAAGCUCACAGCGUCGUAGCCUCCACGGACACGACAGCUGUUUAUGGACUGUCAGCGGCGAAGAUGCAAGAGCGGACUACGUCGUAAGCAAGGAGUCGGCAUUUUGCCUUUGCGUUCACGUGGAUUAUCUGCCAAGACUUCGGGCGGUGUUGGGUUCACAAGCUCCCAUCCACAUACCCGGACUCGUUAGUCUAGGCAACAGCUUCAGUAUACUC